CGGCGCGGGUAGAUGACGUUACAUCGAGACUAAGCGAGGCGCUGAGGGGAUGCCGGUGCGGAUGGCGGCCGCAGUGCCUCCCAUGCAGAGCCUGCGCUUGGAGAAUGCAUCCAUCUUGUCUGAGGGGGCUCUGCAGGAUGGGCAUCGCCUCUGGAUUGGCAACCUGGACCCCAAGAUUACAGAGUAUCACCUUCUUAAGCUCCUUCAAAAGUUUGGCAAGGUGAAGCAAUUUGACUUCCUGUUCCACAAAUCUGGCGCUUUGGAGGGGCAACCCAGGGGCUACUGCUUUGUGAACUUUGAAACUAAGCCGGAAGCUGAGCAAGCAAUUCAGUGCCUCAAUGGCAAGCUGGCCCUGUCCAAAAAACUGGUGGUGCGGUGGGCCCAUGCCCAGGUCAAGAGAUAUGAUCAGAAUAAGAAUGAGAAGAUCCUUCCCAUCAGUCUGGAGCCCUCAUCCAGCACAGAGCCAGCCCAGUCCAACCUGAGCGUUAGUGCAAAGAUCAAAGCCAUUGAGGCCAAGCUGAAAAUGAUGGCUGAGAACCCAGAUGCAGAGUUCCCCCCAGUGGCUGCUUACUCCUACUUCAAGCCGCCCGAUAAGAAACGGACUGCUCCAUACUCCAGGGCAGGCUGGAAGUCAAAAAGAUGAUCCUGAUGGAACGUAGGCGCCUGCCCCCACUCUCCAGCGUUCUUGUGCAUACAGUUAACUAGGAAGACCAACAGACUGCACUGGACUGUUUGACCUCUGGAGAGUGCUCUGCCUCGUACCCGGUUGUCUCGCCCAAUUACACAUGGAGAGGAACUUUCUCAGUGAUGGGGGGGAUACAAACUAUGAUGCCACCCCAAAAAUCUGUGAAGAACAUCUUAAAAGAAAAAUAAACCCAAGAUUUUUUUCACUAGUAAUACCAGAACUUUUUACCCACACCAGUGGAGCUAAGUCUGAUCCUAAAAUCAAAGAUUGUUGUUGUCAGUUGAAUUCUUUUUUUUUUUUUAGUUGCUUGAGUUAAUUUUCUCCUAGCCAGAAAAUACUACUGCUUUUAUUAGUCAGUGUGGAAAACAUAUUUGACACAAACCCAAACCUGAAUAGGGAGUUACAUGUAUACUCCUCCAGCAACCAACCUACUGCACAAAUAGCUUUUGUUUCAUCUUGAAUAUUGUUUAAACAAACUUGAACCCUGAAACUGGGGGUGGCUGUCUGUGUUGCUUCUUCUGCCCAGUUAAACACUCAGACAUAUGUAUCAAUAUGUUCUUUUUAAAUGGUUGUACAGGAAUAAACUGCAUUUAGGACUGCCAGUGUAGCAGUUUUAAUAUGGCAUCUUGAAGUUCAGUAAACUUCUGUGAAAAGCUUGUAAUUUAUUACUCAGUUCACUCCAAGAGACCAUUUUCCUGUUCUCCAUUUUAUCGUCACAACAGCCUUGUGGAGUAGGUUAGCCAGAGAGAGAGAGUAAUUGGCCUAUGGUCAUCCAGCAAGCUUCCAUCGCAGAAUGAGGAUUCAAGCCUGGGUGCCUCAGAUCCUCAUCUGAUGCUUUAACCUCUACACCACUCUGGUAAAACAGUCCAGGCUGGUUGUCCGGAUGCAUUUCAAAUUAAAAGUUGAAAUUCUGUAUCCUAAUUAUGCUAAUGAAGCAUCUUUGUGUAAACAUUUUGUAUACUUCAUCUUGCAUAGGAUCAGCAAGAAUAGAUAUUGAAGUCCCUUACCAGUUACUCCAAAUCUUGUUCACUUGCAUUUCUGGUUUCGGUAUAUGUUGUUCCCACCCUUCCAAGCAUCUCAACCAUAAAUCCUAGAAACUUGUUCUUUGCAGGUUUCUUUUUUUUGCUGAUGUUGAUAAAUGAAUGCAAUUACUGACCAAAUACAUUGAGUUUCCUGCACUCUUGUGUUAUUCCAGCAUCCACUGGCGUUGACAACAGUGGUGUCAGCAUGUAUGCAAUAAGGUAAUCUGGGGGCGGGGGGGGGGGGAGUUUUCAGGCAGAUACAUGUUUGCUGGUUAUGCCUGAAAAAUUUAAAUACCCUUUUCUGCACAUUGUGAUAUCUAAAAAUGUAUAUGUUGGUGUCUAGUAUUUUGAACCUCUUUCCCCCCACCCUCCAGCUCAGCUUUUAAAAUUACAGUUCCAUGAGACUGAGAUCCAUAAAAUCAUUGUG